GUGGUGUCUAUGUGAGGGGCAGGGGCCUCUGCAGAUAUUAAAUCCCUCAUCUGGAUUGUAAUGAGCUGAUUACAAUAAUCCAAAGCCAGAGCUGUUCAUCUCACCCAUGUAAACAUAACCCAUAUUUUUGUUUGGCGUUCACCAAUACUGAACCAGUGUUUGACCCCCUGCAAUGACACCUGACUCCAUAAAGGCGUGAGGCCCACUCACACCUGCCUCGGUCCUGCUUUUCACUGCCAGCCUGCCAAGCCCCUUGUCCUGACCACUGGAAUGGACAGAGCAGUGGACCUCUUUUGUCUUCUCCACGGGGAACCGUGUCCAGCCAUUGUCAGGGCUCAUAAAACAUUGAUGCCUUCUCUCCAAACAGUGUCCCAACAAGCCACCUGCACACAUGUAAAUUGCGGGGACAUCCGAUACCCACCAUUAAAAUUUAGCGGGGGAGGCAAGGGAGGGCCUAUCGGAUUCUUCAUUCAAGGCCGGAAUCAAUUAUUCAGUGUUCUGUUAAAUCUACAAACUCCCCCGGCUUCAUUUCAGCGCACUAGACUUUGACGUUAGCGCUGUCGUUCCUGCUUGCGCCUCGGCCAUUGUGUCUGAAGCGUGACAAAAAGACAACAACAACAUGGCUUUUAGGAUCACUGUCCUCAUUCAUCUGCUCUAUAUUUAUGGCAAAGCUGUCUCCAAGAAAGGAGUCAAGUGUGGAGGCAUUCUCUCUGCACCCAACGGCAAUGUUUCCAGCCCCAACUUCCCAGGCCUCUACCCCUACAACACGGAGUGCGCCUGGCUCAUCGUGGUGGCGGAGGGCUCCUCGGUUCUGCUCACGUUCCACCACUUCGAGCUGGAGUACCACGCCAACUGCGCCUACGACUACAUCAAGAUCUACAAUGGCGUCUCCGAGGACGAGGGCAAUCUGCUGGGGAAGUUCUGCGGGGACAUCUCCCCCCCGCAGUUCACCUCCUCCUGGAACGUCAUGUCUCUCAUCUUCCACUCCGACCGCCACGUGGCACACAGGGGCUUCCUGGUCGGGUACAGAAAAGAUAUGUGUGGGGGAGUCCUCACCGGCCUGUCAGGCAUCAUAUCCAGUCCGGGGUACCCAGUGGAAUACAGCAAUAACGCUGACUGCUCGUGGACCGUGCACGUGUCAAACCGCACAGUAGUCAGCCUGGUCUUCUUGGACUUCCAGCUAGAGAACAACGAGGGGUGCAACUUCGACUAUGUGGCCCUCUUUGACGGGCCCACUGUCACCCACAGGCACCUGGGGAACUACUGUGGAAGCAACAGACCCCCCAACACCAUCACAACCUCCAACCAGCUGCUUGUGGUCUUCAAAUCUGACUUUAACAUCGGAGGGAGGGGAUUCAAGGCCUAUUACUACUCAGGGGAAUGCCAGCAGGUCUUCACAGCCAUAAGGGGGAAUUUCACCAGCCCACACUAUCCCAACGUCUACCCCAACAACAUAAACUGCCACUGGACCAUCACCUUGGCAGCAGGCUACAGGGUCAAGCUCUUCUUCACCAGCAUGGAGCUGGAGGACCGCAACAGCCUAACAGAUGAGUGUGACUAUGACUCCGUUGCAGUGCAUGAUGGGAGCAGCGAGUCUGACUCGCUACUGGGGCGAUGGUGCGGGUCAGAGGAGCCCCCUUCCCUGCUUUCCAAAGCUAACAAGCUUCUGGUCAUCCUCAACACCGACCGCAACUUUGCCUACAAGGGCUUCUCUGUGUCUUACACCGGCGUGGUCCCUGUUAAUGUCAGCUGCACCAGGACUGAAUUUCAGAUCCAGAUUUCCCAGCAGUCUUUACCUCAGCUGGAGCGUGAGAGCGUGUAUUUGGGGAACCCCUCCUGCUCCGCCCAGAUGACCCCCACAGGAUACAAGAUCCUGGCCCGUUUUGUCAACUGUGGUACCGCGGGGCAGAAGCGGCGGAACAUCACGGUGCUGGUGAACACCCUCUACAUCGACUUCUCGAACGGGAAGCAGCAGAACGUUGAGGAGUACGAGGUGCAGUGCGACGCCCAGCGGAAGGUGGCCUCCGUCAGCAUCGUCACCGUGGAGGAGCGGAACAGGCUGAACGAGCUGGCCCGCCGCGCGGAGGAGGCCAGCAGCGGGAGCGGCGAGGAGGAAGGCUCCGAGCCCCACGACACCAGCGACAUCGUCUUCAUCAGCAUCUGCGUCCUGGCCGUCAUCCUCAUGGUCAUCGCCAUCGUGUGGCUGGUGCUCCUCUGAGCCCCACCUAGA